AUGAGCUCGAAGAGAUCUUAUGAAAGUGUUCAAGCCGCUAGAUUUGUCAGAGAGCACAAGAAACAAGUUAAAAACCCAAUAAAUGAAGAAGAUGGAAUCUCUAACUGUAUAAUACGUGUUGCGCAAUCACUUUACGUCUCAUUAGCCCCCAGAUACCAACAGCACCCUGAACAAGGUAUUAUGAAACAACAUUUAAAUCCAAUGGUUAUGAAAUACAACAGUCAAGUUAAUGGUAUGGUACUUGGUUAUGACAAUUUACGUAUUUUAGAUGCAGAUCCAUUAAACGAUGAAAAUGCACCAAACAAAAUGGUUAAGUUAACUGCAGAUACACCAUUUGGUUUUACAUGGUGUGAUGUGAAUCUUUACGUGUGGCAACCGCAAGUUGGUGACAUAAUUGAAGGAUGGAUCUUUAUUCAAUCUGCAUCUCAUAUUGGUCUUUUGAUUCACGAUGCCUUCAAUGCAUCCAUUAAGAAAAAUAAUAUCCCUAUGGAUUGGACAUUUGUUGAUGAAGAAGAUAACAACAGUCGAGAACAAAGCCAAGAGGAUACUCAGAAAUUUAGAUCUUUGGGACAUUGGGUCGAUCAAGAUGGUGGUAGAAUUGAUGGUAAACUGAAAUUCAAGGUGAAGAGUGUCUACACAUCUGGUAGAGUUGUUUCAGUGGAAGGUACACUAUUGGAACAACCAGAUCAAGGUGAUGGUUCACAGGCGCAAAAUUUACCAGUAGUAUCAAAUAAAAAGGUGACAUUUGAUGACGAAGUCUCUACUGGAAACAGGGAGAGCCAUAAGGAUUUAGAAUUGCCUAAGAUGAAAGAAGAUAAUGGCGAAGAAAUUGUAUAUGAGAGGGAUUCGGAUAGCGAUUCCAGUUCUUCAGAUAGUGAUUAG